AUGGUCCAGCCGGGCUUUGACAGUCUCGACACUCCUCGGACCAACCCAGGAGACGCGACAUACCUCAGCCGCCGCCCCGACUUCGACAUCACCCAAGAACCCUCCUUCCUCUCCCCUCCCAAAGAUGGCAACAACCUCCUCAACCAACUUCGAAACGGCCGCUCAGGCGGCCUAAAUCUUCGCACGCCGCGCGGUCGAGCACCAUUCCAUGACCGGCGGAACCUCCCGGCGAAUCUUGGCGGCGCCGAGUUUACCCCAAUGCUCAAGUCAGCAACGCGAAGUGUGCGUCGCGCUGGCAAGGAGAAUGGAGUCCCCGCGACGCCCGCCUUCGACACGCUUGACAGCGACCUUACACCGGUCCCCGCCGGAGAGGUAUCGAUGUUUUCGAAAUCAUACGCCGAUGCGACAAUGCCCGUGGUAGACAGCAGUAGUACCGCCUCAACACCCAUGGCGCUCCCGACGCGACGCGGGAAUGGAAAAGGACCCUUACAAGACGGCAACCAGCUAUCAUUGAGGGAACAGGAGAAUGUAAUCGAUAAGAUCGAGAAGGAGAAUUUUGGCCUAAAACUCAAGAUCCACUUCCUCGAAGAGGCCUUGCGGAAGGCUGGCCCCGGCUUCAGCGAGGCCGCUCUCAAGGAGAACACCGAGCUGAAGGUCGACAAAGUCACAAUGCAGAGGGAACUACAUCGAUACAAGAAACAUCUUACCACAGCCGAACGCGACCUAGAGACUUUUAGGCAACAAAUGUUGGAGCUUCAAGAACGCACCAAGAAAAAGUAUGCCGACGAGAGCCAAAAGGCGGAGUUGGAACAACUGCGACGCAUCCUCGACGACAAGGAAGCCGAAAUCGAGGACCUAAAACACGAAUUAGGCGAGGGCCAGAAGGAUCAAGCUCGCGUGGACAAGCUCCGUGACGAGAUUGUGGACCUCGAAGCGGAUAUCCGAGAAAAAGACCGAGUCAUUAGCGAGCACGAGGACAACAUCGACGAUCUCAAGGAUAAGCUUAACGGUGAUGCCCAAGCAAAGGACGACUUAAUAGAACAGCAGCAGGAAGAGAUUCAGCGGUUAAAAAAGAGCCUAGCUGAGUCGGAGGCUGACAAGAAAGCGGCUCAGCGUCGUGCUAUCGGACUGGAGGAAAAGGCCCAGAACAAUCACGAACUCGACGAGGCCCACGAAACGAUUGAUGACCUAGAGCGGAAUGUUCGCGUCCUCGAGGCCCAGGUUGAUGAGAUGAAGGACAAGCUCGCCGACGCCAUCUCCGAAAAGGAGCGUGCCAAGAACGAUCUUGAAGAGCUGCAAGAAGAGAUGGCAAACAAGUCUGUCGUCACAAAGGGUCUGUCUCGCCAAAUCGAGGAAAAGGUUACCCGGCUACAGAACGAACUAGACCAGGCCGGUCACGACUAUGCGGAUCUAGAGAGGCAGUUCUCGGAGUGCCAUAAGGAAAACGAAGAUUUGAGGACCAAAUUCAGGGAGGGCAAGAGGGAGCGAGAUUCCUCUGACCGCGAACUGCAAACGCUCAAAUCUGAGUAUGGCGACCUGAAGGCGGAUUUCGACGCGCAAAAGGACCAGAUCAGCAUGUUGGAGACCAGAAACGACACUCUCAGAUCCGAGGCUACUAGCUUACAACGAGAAAUCACCCAGUUUAAACACUCCAUCAGUGAGCUCGAGGAUAGCCUUAGCAAGGAACGUCAGCACGCACUUGAUAUCGAACGGGAUCUCAGGAAUCAGUACCGACAAGAAAUCGAAAGACUCAACGACGAGAUUUCCGACCUCCAGGCCGAGAUUAGGGAGAGGGAUAACCUGUACGAUAAUGACAGCGACAAGUGGGAAUCGGAGAAGCGCACUCUCGAAUCCGAGCGCGAUCGCGCCGAGGAGAAGGCAGCUGGGUUGCAGAAGACGAUUGACAAGCUGCGCGAGGCUGAAGGAACCUUAUCCAACAAGGAGACGAAGCUUCAGGAGGCUAUCCAGAGCGAGACGGAACGCCAUAAGAACGAGGAAGCCAUCCUUACCCGGCAGAUUCAGGAAUUGCAGCAGACUCUCGAUAGCCGCCAGGCCAUGCUGACCGACUUACGGACUGAAAUUUCCAGUGUACGAGACGAACUUCGCCAGUCGCACCUCGAUUUCCAGGCCCAGACCGAGCGGGUCAACUCCCUGGAGGACGAGGUGGACGUGCUCCAAGCUGCCCUCGACGACAACUCCGAUAAGUCACGCAAGGACCUGGACAAGGCCAGGAAGGAGUGUGAGAGCCUUAGACGGGAGGUCGAGACUCUUCGUCACGCCGCUGACCUUGCCAAGAGCGCUACUAACGCCUCACACGAGACGGCCCAGGCAACAUCGGGCUCCCUGGACAGGCUUCGCGAUCAGCUUAGUUCAACGUCCACUCAGCUGUCCCAACUCACCAAAGAGAAGCAGACCCUUCAAGAUCAGCUUGCCACGGCCAACAUCGACCUGCAUUCACUACGGUCCACCCUCGCGGAGGUCAAGGCCGAGAGGGACGAGCUCCAGAGCGAGCUUCACCGAUCCCAGAAGCAUGGCGAGGAAACGUACCGCUUCGACCAGGAGAGGGUCGACCUCCGCACCGCCAAGAUCAAGCUCGACAACGAAGUACGCCGACUCAAAGAAGAGAACAGGCUGGUAUCCGAGGAACGCCGCGCCAUCGAGGAAUCCCUCGACGCGGAGAUCGACCGCGCCGCCCGCGAGGAGGAGCGACUCAACGAGGAGAUCCUGCAGCUACAGACCAAGCUACGACAAUCGUCAUCCUCCGACAACCAGGACCUCGCCGCCGCCCGCCGCACCAUCAGGGAGCUCCAGCGACGCGUCGACGACUACGAGCUGCAGCUCGCCACCGCCUCCAGCAACAAUAACCCUGCUUUCGCCGGCGAGGGUAACAGCGAGCUGUCGAUGAUCCGGAGGGAUCUCACAGAGGCCCGGGCGAAGGAGCUCGAUUACCUCCAGAAGGAGACGGCGCACAAGGACGUUGUGAGGGGGCUCAAGAGGCAGAUUACGGAGCUCGAGCGCCAGGUUCACGAAGCGGAGAUGUCGAGGCUGAUUGCGUCCCCGGGGUCGAUUUCUAACGGCUCGAUCCGGAAGAGCGAGAUUGCUGAGCUGCGACACCAGCUUACUGCCGCGCAUCAGACGAUGAACGAUUUGAAGAUUAAGCUCCGCGAUGCCGAAAGGAAAGCUUCCCAGUCGUCGAAGGAAGUGCAAAUGCGUCUCGAAGAGCUCGAGGAUGAGCGGCUCGCCCUCGAACAAGCCCUCGAGGAUACCAAGAACGAAUCCGAGGAGGCUACCGCCCAACACGAGCGUCUCGUCCGGAAGCUAAAACAGAAGCUGGAAAAGGCCGAGCGCGAUGCCGCUGCCGCUGCGGCGGCGGCGGCGGCGACGACGAGGAAGAAGACAACCGAGGACAGUUCCAACGCCGCCGAGCGACGGGACCUGCAGAGCCUCCUCCGCAAGGAGCAAGCCGAGACCGAGGCGCUUGAGCACGACGUCCGGCAGCAGCAGGAAAUGAUCGAGUCGCUCUUGGCGGCCGAGGCCUCUCUGAGGAAGAAGCUCGAGCGUGCGCGCAGCGAGAGGGCGGCGUAUCGCGUCAGCGCCGAGAAGCUCCAGCGGGACGUCAAGGCGCUCAAGGCGGCGCAGGCGGUCGGAGAGCUCGACAACGGGGCUCUCCGGUUGUCGGCUUCUAGCGAGAGGACGGCGGUAAACAGUGUCAGGUCGUCGGCGGCAGCUGCGGCGGACCAAGAGAAGGAUAUGGACAAGGACCAUAGGCACGAGAAGGAGAUUCGGGGGCUUAUUAUGCAGAUGGAGUGGAUGCAGAAGAGGUGGGAGCGUGAGGCUGGUUUGCGCGCUGAUGCUGGGUAUGCGAAGAAGUUCCUUCAGCUCCAGCUUGACGUCGCCAACGCAUGCAACAAAGCACAACUCCGCGAACUAGAAAGCAUCCGCACCGAACUCCUCGGCUCCCGCAAAUCCCCUCCCCCCACCCGCCGCCAACGCCUCCUCGCAAAGGACGGAUCCGAAGCAGCAUCCACACCCACCGACGCGCCCCCUAGACCGACACUCCGCACCGUCGCCCUCGCGGCCCGGUUCAUCGCCCGCGCGCGCAUCGCCGCCCGCGCUUGGGCCAAGCAGGAGGAGAAGAGGCGGAGGUUGGCGGCUUGCGUGGAUGAUAUGAAGAGGAGGAGGAGGGCGGGGAGGCAGUCGGGGCUUGGUGGCAGGGGUGUUAUUGCUUGA